CCACUACGUGCAAAUCCACCACUAAAGGGAUGUUUAUAAUGCUCAGGAUACCAUAAUAAUUUAAUUACGGAGCAGUUUCACUUCUUAGAUGAUUUUUAGGCUCUUGCGCUAUUGAUUCACUCGUCAUCAUAUUUGCCUGUUAGUUUCCAUGGCAAUAUAGAAAUUUGAGAUCAGCAGAGUUUUGAUUGGAUGUCAAAUUUAGAUGUUAAUAUAGUAAGCCUGCGCUAGUUGACCAACUCCUGACUUUCCAUUAAUUCUUACCACAAUUAGCGCUAGGAGUUCUAAGAGAAGUUCGGGAUCUUCCGAGGAGGAAAUCAGGAACAACUACCAUGUCGUUUGAUCUCGGAUUGAUGCUGCAUACUCGCGAACGCAAACGCGCUUUCCAAGCGGGGCAUGUUGGAAAACUUGGUCGAGUCGCAUCCUUGGAGGAGGAAGACAAAAGUCUGAAUCAGUAUGUACACCGAAAGGAAUUUUCAGAUCCAAACGUGAGAGCGCAAAAGAAUGAUUCCGAACAUGACAACAAAGACGACGAUAAUAUGGUUGCCCAGGGAUCUAGUAAAGUGUCGUCUCCAGACUGGACACGCUUUGAAUCGGCAUAUGCACGAGAGUUGUUCCCAGCAGGAGGUGGAGGUCAUAAAACUCAGGAAUUUCUUUUAGAGGUGACCAACAUACUCAUAGAUUAUGUCCACAAGAAUAAUGAUCGUUCAAAAAAGAUUCUUGAUUUCCACCACCCCCACCAACUACGCGAGAUGAUGGAUCAUUGUCUCGAUCUCCACGAGGAUCCACGAGAUCUCGAACAAAUUCUGAGUGACUGUAAAGAGACAUUAAAAUAUUGUGUCAAAACAGGUCAUCCAAGAUUUUUCAACCAGCUGUCUCAGGGCUUGGACAUAGUGGCACUUGCUGGGGAAUGGCUCACUGCAACUGCGAAUACCAACAUGUUUACAUACGAAGUCGCCCCGGUAUUCACUCUGAUGGAAGACAUAGUGCUGACCAAGAUGAGAGAUAUUGUUGGCUGGUCUGAUGGUGACGGAAUUUUCGCACCAGGGGGCGCCAUUGCUAACUUGUAUGCUGUUUUGGCCGCUAGGCAUCGCUGCUGUCCAGAGCAAAAAGCACAAGGAAUGUGUGGACUCACCAGACUUGUAAUGUUCACAUCAGAGCACAGUCACUUCUCAACCAAGAGAGCUGCCGCUAUUGCAGGGAUAGGCACCGACAACUGUAUUGCCGUAAAAUGUGAUGAGAGAGGAAAGAUGAUUCCAGGGGAACUUGAGAAGUGUAUUCUCCAAGCAAAAUCAGAGGGUGCCAAACCAUUCUAUGUGACAUGUACCACCGGUUCAACUGUUCUUGGGGCGUUCGAUCCCAUCAAUGAAAUAGCAGAUAUAUGUGAGACAUAUGGAAUGUGGAUGCACGUGGACGCAGCUUGGGGCGGAGGUGCUCUGUUGUCCGAACGUUAUCGCCAUCUUUUCAACGGAGUAGAGAGAUGUGAUUCCAUAACAUGGAAUCCUCAUAAAAUGAUGGGAGUUACUCUGCAGUGUUCAGCUAUUCUACUAAAGGAGAAGGACAUUCUGAAGAAUUGUAAUUCCAUGUGCGCAGACUACCUAUACCAACAAGACAAGCACUAUGAUGUUGUUUACGAUACUGGAGAUAAAGCGAUACAAUGUGGACGACACAACGACAUCUUCAAGCUGUGGCUAAUGUGGAGAGCAAAGGGCGAUAAAGGACUUGAGUCUCAGAUAAACAGAGUUUUUGAGCUUGCAAAGUAUUUAACAGAAAAGAUACGAGAAAGGCCUGGAUUUAUGAUGGUGAUGGAUGAGCCGGAAUAUACAAACGUAUGCUUCUGGUAUGUGCCAUCAAAGAUCCGGCAUUUGGAACAAGGGAAAGAAAGGGAUGACGAAUUGUCCAAGGUGGCUCCUCGUAUAAAGUCGAUGAUGAUGGAAGGUGGAUCUACGCUUGUGGGAUACCAGCCACUAGGAAAGAAACCAAACUUUUUCAGAAUGGUAAUCAGCAAUCCUGCAGCAACUAAGGAGGACAUCGAUUUUCUAUUAGAGGAAGUUGAACGUUUGGGUGAAGAAAUAUAAGGCGAUGAUUCUGAAUAAGCGGUGUCAGAGUAGAUCAGACACGUGACAUAUUGUUUUUAAGC